UAAAUCGGACUAGUAUUAAAUGAUAUCUACUAACAGCAGAGUCAACGUUAUCAACAAGAUCCUCCUUUUUUUCUUUAUACGACUUUAAAUUUUGUACAUUUUUUUGAAAAUGAAACAAAUUAUCUUUGUUUGCCUACUGGCAUUUGCAACCUUUGCAAACUGUGCUAAAUUUCUCAAAGAAAAACCGGAUUUUUUGACGCAGUGUUUAUUAGCGGAUCCAAAUUUUACCAAAUGUUUUUCAAAAAAUUUUCAAGGACUUUUUCGUAAUUGGAAAGAUGGUGUUCCUGGUUUAAAAUCGAUUGGAGCCUUAGAUCCUCUUCUUGUUAAGAAAAUCACAAUCGAGCACAAUCAGUCGCCAUUAAUGCUUAAUGCUGUUUUAAGCAAUAUUGCUAUAACUGGUCUAGGUACUGUGGAAAUUGUAGAUACCUCAUUGGAUCUUGAUAAGUUAUUUGCAACAGCUACAUUAGUUGUACCAAAAUUCACCAUGGAUUCGGAUUACAAUGCUAAGGGUAGAAUUCUUGGAUUAGUAUUGAACUCCAGUGGAAAAUUGAAAUUAAGUGCAGAAAAAUUUGUGGUUCAGACCAAAAUUCAGAUUAAACUUCGUGACGAAGGCGGUUUUACAUUCACCGACAUCGAGAAAUUACAUUUGGAUAUUAAAAGCAUUGACAGUUUCAACAUUUUCUUGGGAAAUCUUUUCAACGGCCAAAAAGAAUUGGAGGAUAGUGCGAAUGCCCUUUUCAAUGAGAACUGGCGGGAGUUGUACCAGAUUUUAAAACCAGCCAUAAGGCGUUCUAUUGAAACAGUAAUGGAAGAUCGUCUUUCAAAGGUGUAUUCCUAUGUUCCAGCCACUUUCCUUGUCAAAGAUAUACCAUCAGCCGCUGCCCAUGGAUAAUCUGUUAUAUAAGUUAUUGGCUAAUUAAACCAAAUAAAAAUAUAAAUAUGUAA